AUGGACUUUGGAUGGAAAUAUGGGAUUGAUUUGAACACAUAACAAAGGAGCUUGGCUGGACGUUGAAUUCGUUUGAUCACCGUAAGGAUCAGAGGGCUCACCACACACGAGUGUUGCUUUCAAGAUUUCUGUCUGCAGCUGGACCAUGUUCUCCUCUGCUACCCCUUACAAGAACCAGCACUACGCUGCACUGAAGAGGGACUGUAUCAGGAACAAGACACUGUUUGAAGACCCAGAGUUUCCAGCCACUAAUGCAUCCAUAUAUUAUAAGAACCCCCCUCCGGGAAGGGUGGAGUGGAAGCGACCAGGGGAGAUGUGCAGUGAGCCCCAUCUGUUUGUGGAGGGCAUCAGCUCCCGUGACCUGAACCAGGGAGUUGUGGGAAACUGCUGGUUUGUUGCUGCCUGUGCCUCUCUGGCUCUGAAGCCAAACCUCUGGAAGAAGGUAAUUCCUGACUGGAAGGAGCAGGAGUUGGAUCCAAAACACCCAGAAAACUAUGCUGGAAUCUUCCACUUUCAGUUCUGGGUGUUUGGAGAGUGGGUGGAUGUGGUGGUGGAUGACCGGCUGCCUACAAUCAAUGGAAAGCUCAUCUACUGUCACUCGAAAUCCACAAAUGAAUUUUGGAGCGCUCUGCUAGAGAAGGCUUAUGCCAAGCUGUCUGGCUGCUAUGAGUCUCUGGAUGGGGGAAAUACUGCAGAUGCUGUGGUGGAUUUCAGUGGAGCUGUGGCUGAAACCAUUGACCUGGAGACAGAUGCUUACUACAAAGACCAGAAAAAACAAGAUCAGCUGUUUGAGGAUCUACAAAAGGUCUUUGACCGUGGAGGAAUAAUAAGCUGCUCCAUUAUGGCAGAGCCUCAUGAAUUGGAAGCCAAGAUGGCAAACGGGCUGGUGAAAGGCCAUGCGUAUUCAGUAACGGCAGUGAAGAAGGUACGUUUGGGUCACGGGCUGCUGGCCUUCUUCAAAAAUGAAACCAUCCCUCUGAUCCGCAUGAGGAACCCCUGGGGCACGAUUGAGUGGAAGGGAGCCUGGAGUGACAGCUCUGAAGAAUGGUCAAAGGUUGGUAAUAAGGAGAGAGCCAACCUUGGCAUCGUAGUGGAGGAUGAUGGAGAGUUCUGGAUGUCAUUCACAGACUGGUGCAAGUUCUUCACAAGUGCAGAUGUGUGCCGUCUUAUCAAUACCUCACUGAUCAGUGUCCAUAAGACAUGGAAUGAAGUUGUGCACUUUGGGAGUUGGACCAAAAAUACAGACCCACUUUUAAACCGGUGCGGUGGCUGCGCUAACCACAAGCAGACAUUCCUGCAGAACCCACAGUAUUUGUUUGAUCUUACAAAAGAGGACGAUGAAGUCAUGAUUUCCUUGCAACAGAGAGACAUGAAGAUCCAUAGAAAAACUGGACAAGGAGAAAAUCUAACCAUUGGCCUCAGCAUCUUCAGGGUGGAACUGAACAGAAAAUAUCGGAUGCAUGACAUUCUGACCCAAAACUGUGUGGGAUCGACCACCUACAUCAACGCUCGGACAGUGUUCUUCAGAAUCAAGCUGCCACAGGGACGCUACCUCAUCAUUCCCACCACCUACAGGCCUCAGAUGCUGGGAGAUUACAUGAUUCGAGUUUUCACUGAUGUGGACUCCGGCUGCAGGGAGCUGACAGAUGAUAAGCCAAAGGUGAAAUGCUGGAGUUCAUUCCUUGGGUACCCACAAGCUGUGACUCACAUCUACAUCCAGGGAGCUGAGGGGCUGCAGAACCAGGACAGUACAGGAGGUGCAGACCCGUAUGUGAUCAUAUACUGUGAAGGCAAGUCAGUGCAAUCCACCAUCAAGAAGGACACCUUGCAUCCAGAGUUUACAACCAGCGCCAUUUUCUAUAGGAAGAAGCCCAGAAAGCCCAUAACUGUGGAGGUUUGGAACAGUAAUGCAGUGAAGGACGAGUUUAUGGGCCAGGUGGUGUUGUCUGGCUCAGUGAAUGACAACAGUCAGCCCCAGAGGCUUCAGCUGAGGAAACAAGGCAGCAAGAAUGAAAUGAUGCCCGGCAGCAUCACUUUGAGGAUCAUAACUUCGACUCAGCUGACCGAAAUGUGACCCCACCAGUGAUCUACUGUAUUUAAUUCCAAGGCUAGUAACAGAACAGCCUGUUUUCCACCACUGUAUGCUUCUAUGAAAAUACACUGAGCAGAAUUUUACAGUUAUUGACAUGCUGGUGACUUACGUGCAGGAGCUAAACAGGACACACAUAGACAGGCUGGAUGUCACUGCCU